AUCUCAUGUACAAGGCCAGCACGUUUUCGCAAGACCAGCACGAAGCAUCAUAAACCAAUAUUGACCAUGGCAUCAAAGAACAUCGACUAUUCCGCCACGCUUUCAUCCCUACGCACUCAACAAGCACAACACCCGCUCUCGAUCCUCGCGCUGGCCGAGCCCAUCACCGCGUCGCAGUCUCAACCAAACAUUUCCACCGCGCAGCCCCGACCGUCAGACGUCUCAUCUCACAAUGCUUCGGACCUCGAUAAUGGCCAAUUGACGCCCUCCAGCUUAUCCGCCGACCUGGCGCACUACAAAGACCUCUUCGCCAAGCUGCGCUUCAGCUACCUCGAGCAAGUCACCAAGGAGAAGUACCUGCGCAGUAUCGUAGGCGAUCCGCCCUUGGUGGUGACUCACGAUGACAAUCUGGAGCUCGAGGCGAAAUUGGCGGGCAUGAAGAGCGAACUCAAGGCCAAGAAGGAGGGCGUCGAGGCGUUGGUCAAGGACAUGGAGGCGCAGGCGACCAUGUUGGCCGACGUUUAUGAGGAUAUCCAGAUGGGCAUGGAUGUGCUGGAGACGGUGCCCGCGGAAAUCGAGACACUGCGGGGGCAGGUGGAGGCGUUGAAGAGGGAAGUCGCGGGGAAGAGGGAUGGAACGGGAACGGGAACGACGACGACAACAAAUGAUCCGAGAAUGAACAUGUCGCUUGAAGCGACGCGUCAGGCUCUGGCGGAGCAGACGGGCCGGACGAGGGAGAUUGAGGAGCAGAUCGCCGCGUUGCAGCGAGAGUUGCCGGGGAAGAUGGAGCGCAUGGAGGCUGUGGAUCGUGAGUUGGCCGAGUUGGAUAGGCGGAGGAACGAGAGUGCGCGGUUGGCUGCCGAGGAGAGAAAAAGGAAAGAGAUGGGCGGGCGGGAUGAGGUGGAGGAGCUGGCGAGGUGGUAUAGGAGUCAAGAGGUGGUGUUACGCGGCCUCGGGUUGGGUGUCGAGGGAUAAGGUAGAAACUGUCGGUGGCAGAAAGUGAUGACAUGGUGGCAUGAGAUGGGUUGCCAGGGACGAUGCGGCAUGAAGGCACAUGCGACCACGAUACGACACGACGUCUUGAUGCGAAGCCGAUUUGAAUUCUAAUUUCAAUGGGAAGCGGACGGGCAUUUUAUGGCGCCACCUGGGCCUGGAGUUGGGUGUUUGGGAAGUGACGGUAACUGUACUACGGAACAGGUGUUGGUGCUUGGAAGUCGACGGCAAUCUUGGAUCUUUGCAUCGGGCAUGCUAAGGUACUGGCGUUGAGGAAAGUAGUGUGAUCACGCGAAGCAAAGUUGGACUUGGUAGGAAGUAUUGAUGAGAAUGAGGACUCGUGGUAGAUUUCCUGCAUAGUCCACCAAGCUGACGUUCCUCAGCUUAUCUGAUUUUGAGAACCGAUGAACUUGCUAAAAUAGCAAUCUCGAC